AUGGAUCAUACUAACGUCAAUCCUGGAGAAACUAACGAGUCGAUUAGCAAUCCUCAGUUGGCCAUCAAUGUUCGAGAUGUCAGGACAGUUAAAGUGAGCAAUGUCUCACUCUCUGCAACUGAAAAAGAUGUUCAGGAGUUCUUCUCUUUCUCAGGCGAUGUCCAAUAUGUUGAGAUGCAAAGAGAAACCGACACUACUCAGCUUGCUUAUGUAACCUUCAAGGAAUUACACGGUGCAGAUACUGCAAUGCUUCUGACAGGAGCUACCAUCGGAGAUCUUGUCAUUUCUAUUGUGCCGGUUGAAAAUUAUGUACUUCCUUCCAAUGCAGUGCUGCUAAACUCGGAAGAAAAACCAGCUUCCAUGGCUGAAUCUGCUGUGAAGAAGGCAGAAGAUGUUGUGAGUACCAUGCUCUCCAAGGGAUUUAGCUUGGGGAAGGAUGCUUUGGACAAAGCAAAAGCUUUUGACGAGAAGCAUAAUUUGACAACAAGCGCCUCGGCUACUGUCGCUCUGGUUGAUAGUAAGUUGGGUAUAAAAGAGAAGUUAAGCAUGGGAACAGCUGUUGUCAAUGAAAAGGUCAAGGAGAUGGAUCAACGUUUCCAAGUUUCUGAGAAGACAAAAAGCGCCUUUGCGGUCGCUGAACAGAAAGCAACUGUUGCAGGUAGCGCAAUCAUGAGUAACCGUUACGUGUUGACAGGUGCCUCCUGGGUUACAAAUGCAUAUAAUAAAGUUGCCAAGGCGGCUGAGGAUGUCAGCCAGAUGACAAAGGAGAAGGUUGAAAAAGCUGAAGAGGAAAAACGGGAACAUUCACCGAGGGAGAAUAAGGCAAUGGUGAACGAACAUGCACAGAUUCAUCUUGAUGAGACCCCAGUAGGAGAAGUUCCUGCACAUCCUUCUAACAUGGCUGAUAACACUAAGAAUGUAUGA